UCACCACGUCUUGGGAAGAGAAUGGCCACUUCCUGGGGAGCAGCUUUUUUCAUGUUGGUAGCAUCCUGUGUUUGCAGCACUAUCUUCCACAGAGACCAGCAGACUUGGUUUGAGGGUGUCUUUCUGUCUUCCAUGUGCCCCAUCAAUGUCAGUACCAGCACCUUGUAUGGAAUUAUGUUUGAUGCAGGGAGCACUGGAACACGAAUUCAUGUUUACACCUUUGUGCAGAAAAUAGCAGGACAGCUUCCAGUUCUGGAAGGGGAAAUUUUUGAUUCUGUAAAGCCAGGACUUUCUGCUUUUGUAGAUCAACCUAAGCAGGGUGCUGAGACUGUUCAAGAGCUCUUGGAGGUAGCCAAAGACUCAAUCCCCCGAAGUCAUUGGAAAAGGACCCCAGUGGUUUUGAAGGCAACAGCAGGACUGCGCUUACUGCCAGAACAGAAAGCCCAGGCUCUGCUCUUUGAGGUAAAAGAGAUCUUCAAGAAGUCACCUUUCCUGGUACCAAAUGACAGUGUUAGCAUCAUGGAUGGAUCCUAUGAAGGCAUAUUAGCUUGGAUUACUGUGAAUUUUCUGACAGGUCAGCUGCAUGGCCACAGUCAGGAGACUGUGGGGACCCUGGAUCUGGGGGGAGCCUCCACCCAAAUCACAUUUCUACCCCAGUUUCAGAAAACCCUGGAACAAACCCCUAAGGGCUACCUCACUUCCUUUGAGAUGUUUAACAAAACUUAUAAACUCUAUACACAUAGUUACUUGGGAUUUGGAUUGAAAGCUGCAAGACUAGCAACUCUGGGAGCCCUGGAAACAGAAGGGACUGAGGGACAUACUUUCAGAAGUGCCUGUCUACCAAGAUGGUUAGAAGCAGAGUGGAUUUUUGGGGGCGUGAAAUACCAGUAUGGCGGCAUCCAAGAAGGGGAAGUGGGCUUUGAGCCCUGCUAUGCUGAAGUGCUGAGGGUGGUCCAAGGAAAACUUCACCAACCAGAUGAAAUCCAGAGAAGCUCCUUCUAUGCCUUCUCUUAUUACUAUGAUCGAGCUGUUGACACACACAUGAUUGAUUAUGAAAAGGGGGGUAUUUUAAAAGUUGAAGACUUUGAAAGAAAAGCAAAAGAAGUGUGUGACAACUUGGAAAAUUUCACCUCAGGCAGUCCUUUCCUGUGCAUGGAUCUCAGCUACAUCACAGCCUUGUUGAAGGAUGGCUUUGGCUUUGCAGACAGCACCGUCUUACAGCUCACAAAGAAAGUGAACAACAUAGAGACAGGCUGGGCCUUGGGAGCCACCUUUCACUUGCUGCAGUCUCUGGGCGUCUCCCACUGAGGCCAGACGCUUCCUCCGAGGCCUGCGUUUGCCAACAACCUUUUAACGGGAGAAGAAGAUAAGACUCAGUCAUGUUAUGAGGCAGUCUGGAAACCACUUGGAUUGAAACCCAGCAGCUGGCUUCAUCAGGAGGAAGAGGACUCUCGCCUGCUUCUUGUCUGCCCACUCAGUGCCCUUGAGCUUGAAGGAUCUUCCUGUUGACUGGCUCUUUGACCUUGGCUCUUUACCUCCAGCUUCUUUCCAGCAGUUUGUAUCUUCCACGCUUGUAGCUAUCACAGUAGACUUUCUUUCGGCUCUCUCACACAAAAAAAUGUUAAACACCUGGCCCUCAUACUACUUCCUUUUUUAAAGUUAUUCCACUGAGUCAGUAAGUGGUUAACAUCUGAUGUGCAAGUAACUAGCCAAAUUUUAUCUUUAUCCCCUACAUUUUAGUGUUUUGUUUUUAAUUUCAUUGUGGAAUUUCUUCACAUUCUUCACACUGACUUUAUUUUUUAUUUUUUCACACUUUUAUUAUACCAAGGUCACCUUGAUACCUAUUGUCUUCCUAAAAAAAAAUGCUAAUACAUAAUAGAAUAUUUAGAGUUGGAAACAGCACAAAGAUAUAAUCCAGUCUUCUAACUGUUGCAGAAUCUCCUUAACAUUUCUAAGUAGCUAUAUUUAGCUUCUGGUUAGGCAUGUUUUGAGACAGCUCAUUGCAUUUGGGACAGCUCUUAUGUUAAAAAUCCCUUCUUAUGUGGGAUCUCUCCUCUCAAUGGUCUUCUCUCAUCCCUCCUUUCAUAGCCUUUCCGUCUCCUGAAGAAAAUUCCUCGCAAGUCCUUUGUGGUCUCUUCUUUAAUAGAACACUUGGCUUCUAGACCCCUUACCAUUUGUGUCACACAGGUUGAGUGCUAGAACCAGUCAUACGCUAAAUGUUGUUCCAUAUGAUUCCCAAGAGGUAAGCUGUGUUCACUAGAGACUCCGCCAGUUUGACGGUCGAGAGCGGCAAGAUUCCCUGGUCUUUGUCAUAGCUUGUCUCUGAAGAUUUUCUUAUGGACAGAAGCUGUUCAGACUCCUUUGGUCAUCCCAAGUACCUCCAGAACUCUUGAGAUGUGUCUACCUAAAUUCUGAUAAUCUUGAUUAGAACAUCUAGAGAGAAUUAACCAGUUUAUCCAUGUUAGGAGCAAUAUGGAAUAAGAAUUUUUAUUUCUUAGAAAAAAUGACUUGUCUAUAAUGUCCUUUCUGCCCUUGGUGUACCUUUUUGGCCUCUUAUUGAGGAAUCCUAUAGUGUCUAAUAUUGUUGGUUACGUUUCUUUUCUAUAAAUGUGUUUAUAUAUUUCAAAUA